GCAGGCGGCCACGACGCCAUCUCCUCCUCUCGUUCAACUAGAUCGUGGGGGAGACGGAGCACAACCACCCCUCGGCGCCCAUGCUGUACGCGCCUCUGCCGCAGUCCGCCGCGGGUGCGGGCGCGAGAGCGCCAGGCGCACCGGUGGGCAACACUCUGGCCAUGGGCGAGCUGAUGCGCAAGAAGCACGGCCGACUGCGCAAGUACGCGCCCAUGGCAGCAUGGCCCUGGCGCUGCCCUCAUCUCCUCCGCCUUCACCGGCGGCGCCGCGGCUCCCGGCCACUAGCAGCACCAGCACGACGGGUUCUCCAUCAGCGGCCCCCCGUCCGACCCCAACGCCAAGCGUCACGACAGCUCCGGCAAGAAGAAGCAGUUCGAAGCCUUGUGGAGAAGCACGAGCAGUACCUGGUUUUUGUGCCCUCCCCUCAUCUUCCUCAAAAUGCAAGAAGGUAGACACAAAUAAGGCAACCCAGCCUAUUCCAAAUAAACAGUCUGAUUCUUGCACCAUAUCAAGGCCAGGAAGGAUUUUUUGUGCUAAUUUGGAGUGGAACCAUGCCCGAUCUGCAACAUAGGCUAUUCAUAGCUCUAUUGCAUAUUUUUUCUUUUUCAUUUAGUGUCUUGUAAUUUGUCAUUGUGCGCUGGGUUUUGACUCUCUUUUUCUUCCGACUCAGUUGAAAUCCUUGCCUGUCCAUACAUCUUCCUUUGCUGU